UACACUGCUGAGGGGAGCAGCAGUGUAUCUUCUAAUGUGAAAAAAUUCUUCCAUGAAAACGUUACUUUUAAAAAAUCAGUGAUGGUGCCUGUUUUCCUAAAAGAAUGAGAUGGGGGCUAUCAUUUUGAGGGCCCCUUGGUUAUGAAUGUGCCUCAAUUUCAUAAUGCCUCCUGCUAUGGCAGACAUCCUUGACAUCUGGGCAGUGGAUUCACAGAUCGCAUCUGAUGGCUCCAUACCUGUGGAUUUCCUUUUGCCCACUGGGAUUUAUAUUCAGUUGGAGGUACCUCGGGAAGCUACCAUUUCUUUUAUUAAACAGAUGUUAUGGAAGCAAGUUCAUAAUUACCCAAUGUUUAACCUUCUUAUGGAAAUUGACUCCUAUAUGUUUGCAUGUGUGAAUCAAACUGCUGUAUAUGAGGAGCUUGAAGAUGAAACAAGAAGAUUGUGUGAUGUCAGACCUUUUCUUCCAGUUCUCAAAUUAGUGACAAGAAGUUGUGAUCCAGGAGAAAAAUUAGACUCAAAAAUUGGAGUCCUAAUAGGAAAAGGUCUGCAUGAAUUUGAUGCCUUGAAGGAUCCUGAAGUGAACGAAUUCCGAAUAAAAAUGCGCAAAUUCAGUGAGGAAAAGAUUCAGUCCCUUGUUGGAUUGUCUUGGAUAGAUUGGCUAAAGCAGACAUAUCCACCAGAGCAUGAAACAUCCAUUCUUGAAAAUUUAGAAGAUAAACUUUAUGGAGGAAAGCUCAUUGUGGCUGUUCACUUUGAAAAUUGCCAGGAUGUGUUUAGCUUUCAAGUAUCUCCUACUAUGAAUCCUAUUAAAAUAAAUGAAUUAGCAAUCCAAAAGCGUUUGACUAUUCAUGGGAAAGAAGAUGAAGUUAAACCAGAUGAAUAUGUAUUGCAAGUCAGUGGGAGAGUAGAAUAUGUGUUUGGUGAUCAUCCACUAAUUCAAUUUCAGUAUAUACGGAACUGUGUAAUGAACAGGACCUUGCCCCAUUUCACACUUGUGGAAUGCUGCAAGAUCAAGAAGAUGUAUGAACAGGAAAUGAUUGCCAUCGAGGCUGCCAUAAAUCGAAAUUCAUCUAACAUUCCUCUUCCUUUACCACCAAAGAAAACACGUAUUAUAUCUCAUGUUUGGGAAAACAGCAACCCUUUCCAGAUUUUAUUAGUUAAAGGAAAUAAACUUAACACAGAAGAAACUGUAAAAUAUCUAAGAAUUCCCUUGGCAGUACCAGUAGUGCUAAGGAUUGUAACCAGAACACUUAUGGGAACAGACCUAAAAUCUGUACCAGAUUGUUUGGUUCUUAAGGAGUACCAGAGACAUUAUCCUGUAGCGUGGGUAAAUACAAUGGUUUUUGACUUUAAAGGACAACUGAGAUCUGGUGACAUAAUACUGCACAGCUGGUCUUCAUUUCCUGAGGAACUUGAAGAAAUGUUGAAUCCUAUGGGAACUGUUCAAACAAAUCCAUAUACUGAAAAUGCAACAGCAUUGCAUAUCAAAUUCCCAGAGAAUAAAAAACAACCUUACUAUUAUCCUCCCUUUGAUAAGAUUAUUGAAAAGGCAGCUGAAAUUGCAAGCAGUGAUAGUGCUAAUGUAUCAAGUCGAGGUGGAAAAAAGUUUCUUGCUGUACUAAAAGAAAUCUUGGAUAGGGAUCCCUUGUCCCAACUAUGUGAGAAUGAAAUGGAUCUUAUUUGGACUUUGCGACAAGAUUGUAGAGAGAAUUUUCCACAGUCAUUGCCAAAAUUACUACUGUCAAUUAAGUGGAAUAAACUUGAGGAUGUUGCUCAGCUUCAGGCACUACUUCAGAUUUGGCCUAAACUGCCCCCUCGAGAGGCUCUGGAACUUUUAGACUUCAACUACCCGGAUCAGUAUGUGCGGGAAUAUGCUGUGGGCUGCCUGCGACAGAUGAGUGAUGAAGAACUCUCUCAGUAUCUUUUACAAUUGGUACAGGUUUUAAAAUAUGAGCCUUUUCUCGACUGUGCCCUCUCUAGAUUCCUAUUAGAAAGAGCACUUGCUAAUCGGAGAAUAGGGCAGUUCCUGUUUUGGCACCUUAGGUCAGAAGUGCACAUUCCUGCUGUCUCAGUGCAAUUUGGUGUCAUCCUUGAAGCAUACUGCCGGGGAAGUGUCGGGCACAUGAAAGUGCUUUCUAAGCAGGUUGAAGCACUCAAUAAAUUAAAAACUUUGAAUAGUUUAAUCAAACUCAAUGCAAUGAAGCUAAACAGAGCCAAAGGGAAAGAAGCCAUGCACACUUGUUUAAAGCAGAAUGCUUAUCGGGAAGCCCUUUCGGACCUGCAGUCACCUUUAAACCCAUGUGUCAUCCUCUCAGAACUUUAUGUUGAAAAAUGUAAAUACAUGGAUUCCAAAAUGAAGCCUUUGUGGCUUGUAUAUAAUAACAAGGUGUUUGGUGAGGAUUCAGUUGGAGUUAUUUUUAAAAAUGGUGAUGAUUUACGACAGGAUAUGUUAACGCUCCAAAUGCUACGCCUGAUGGAUUUACUCUGGAAAGAGGCUGGUCUGGAUCUUCGGAUGCUGCCUUAUGGCUGUUUAGCAACAGGAGACCGCUCUGGCCUCAUUGAAGUUGUGAGCACCUCUGAGACAAUUGCUGACAUUCAGCUGACCAGUAGCAAUGUGGCUGCUGCAGCAGCUUUCAACAAAGAUGCCCUUCUGAACUGGCUUAAAGAAUACAAUUCUGGGGAGGACCUGGAUCGAGCCAUUGAGGAGUUUACUUUGUCCUGUGCCGGCUACUGUGUAGCUUCUUAUGUCCUUGGGAUUGGUGACAGACAUAGUGACAAUAUCAUGGUCAAAAAAACUGGCCAGCUCUUCCACAUUGACUUUGGACAUAUUCUUGGAAAUUUCAAGUCUAAAUUUGGCAUUAAAAGGGAACGAGUGCCUUUUAUUCUUACCUAUGAUUUCAUUCAUGUGAUUCAGCAAGGAAAAACAGGAAACACUGAAAAGUUUGGUCGGUUCCGCCAGUGUUGUGAGGAUGCAUAUCUGAUUUUACGACGGCAUGGGAAUCUCUUCAUCACUCUAUUUGCAUUGAUGUUGACGGCAGGGCUUCCUGAACUCACAUCGGUCAAGGACAUACAGUAUCUUAAGGACUCUCUUGCCUUAGGGAAGAGUGAAGAGGAAGCACUCAAACAAUUUAAGCAGAAAUUUGAUGAGGCGCUCAGGGAAAGCUGGACUACUAAAGUGAACUGGAUGGCCCACACAGUUCGGAAAGACUAUAGAUCUUAACGAUCAACCUUUGCUCCUAAUGUGUUUGUUGGUUUGUUUUGUUUUCAUUUUGCACUUGCACUAAAUUGAACAUGACCCUGCCAGAGAUGUUAUAAAGGGAAUGAAAUCCUGGAAUUCACAGUUAAAUUAAAAACAAGUCAUCCCACAAAACCCAAUCUGAACAAUCCCUGAUGACCACUCUCUGCUUUUUUGAAUGCUUCCAAGAUUCAUCAUGAAAACUGUCAACAUUAUGGAUAAUCAUUUCCUGAUGACUUUGCACGCCAAGGAAUGCUACUAGAGAUUUUCUUUCUUUUAAAAAAGUAUUUGGUACUUUUCCAGAAAGGUGUAAAUACUUCUUUUUAGUAUUGUGACCAAGUGUUAUCACUCAGCCAGCUUAUCCAUAUCUGGGGACUGGUGGCUGCUCUUAUUUUCCAAAUGAGGCUUAAAAGAAAGGUCUUUCUUCCCUUCUUAAAUUGUGUAAACUACAAAUUAUAAUAUAAUUUGAAAUUAUGAUUAUUUUUCAAAAGAAAUCUUUUAAACCUGUGGAAACAAUAAUUAUUUGUUAAUAUUUAUCUACCAUGAUAGCAUCAUCCCAACCAGACUUGCUGAAAAUCAACUAGUGAGGCAAAUAUAAUAUAUAUGCUGCAUAUAUAUUUAUAAUAUUUCUAGUGGGAGUUCUAUAUAAAAAGAUGAUUCUUUGGUUUUCUUCAGCCUGUGUUUGAAAGUUUUACAAAAAGCAGAGCUUUUUCCUAAGUAACUUUUCAGUUGACUAUGUGAUCCAGUUCUUCCAGCUGCUUCUGUAAUGAGGCACAUAUUAAUAUAAUUUUUACAUGGCAUCUAUGAAAGAGUUCAUUUCAUAGAGCAUAAUACUUGAGUCAUGAAUCCAAGGUAGAAAGCAAAUGAAAAGAAAACUAUUUAUGGAAUAAAUUCCAGACCUAAAAUCCAGUAUUUAAGUAAAAGUGCCAGAUGUUCUUACUGUAUUUAUUAAAACUUGUAAUAAUGUGAUUUUUCAAGGAUAUUAGUUCAAACUGAAAUAGUUUUGUGCCACCUGGAAUUCUUUAAUUUAUUUGUUGAGGUACCAUAUACUUAGGGUGCUAGAUGGCAAAUAAUGUUAAUAUGUGCAAUAGGAACUACUGGUUUGAAUGUGUAAAUGGAUGAUCUUUUUGAGUACUGGCAACACCCAGCAAAACUACUGCUUAUUCUCCAAAGAAUAUUGGGAGCUUUCAAUCCUCAGUGACUAGGAAAGAGAAGUAUUUGCCCUGUGACUGAGUUUUAUAUGGGAAUUUUAUUGAAGAUUGUUUAAUUUUGUUGUCCACCUAAAUGUUCUUAGUCAAAUAAAUGGGUGAGCUAGCAAUGACUGCA